UAAUAAUAAUAUGAAGCAGUGAAAAGAAAGGGAGUUGGGGAGCCAUGACAUGUUGUGUAAUCUAGGUUUUGUUUGAUUGCGGGAUGGAAGCGGAGACAGUGCAAGAACAGCGCAAAGGCGCGCAGCUGAAGAAGAGGGCUCUGAAGAACAAAGCUUUGGGCAUCACCUUCAACGAGAAAGAUCUCAAUGACUAUGUCACCGGCUUUCACAAGCGCAAGAAGAAGAGAAGAAAGGAAGCCCAGAAGCAACAGAACGAGGCUCUGCGCCGCAAACGCAACGACGAACGCAAAAGGAGGAAGUUGGAAAGAGAACAUGUUCUUAAUGGAGGCGUGCCACCUGAUGAAAUUGAUGAGGGCCAAGAAGAAGUUGAGGAGCAAGUUGAAUCUAUUGCUGAAAUGAAGACAUACGAGAAUGAUGAUCUGAAAGUCACUGUUGUAACAAGUGAGAUCAACCCUGAAGACGAAAGUUAUCCUAGUGAGAGGAAGGAGGCAGCAGUGAUCCCUCAAUCUGUUGUGUCUGAUAAAAGGCAAGGGGUACCCAUAAGUAACAAGAAAUCUUUCAAGAAGGUUGCAAAACAGAGGUCUCGGCCAAGGCCAUCAAGUAAGAGAGAUAAAAAGAAAGGAAAGAAGCGAGGCAAGAAGUAAUGGCAGCUAAGCAUCUUGCGUCUUCAGAACAUUCCAAGUCUACAAUGAAGAAGGAACUGUGUUUUUGUGGAGGUGCUUGUUAAGUGCAGUAAUUUGGCUAUACCUAGAAGUGAGAACUCAUGCUUGCAUAUUGCAGGAUUUGGACGUGUUUCGUUUAGUUGGUUACCUACCUGGUUCCUACUGUCCAUGACAGGAUUUUCUUCUUCAGGGCUAUUCCUGUCUUCCCAUUUUGGGGAUCCAAGAGUUAAGAAAGAAACACCUAAUUUUUCUCCUUUUCUUUUGGUUAAUCGGUAAUUCUAUUGUGUAUUAUACAUUUACUUCAUUCACAUAUUUAACUUAUUACUUUUUCAUUUCUUCUCUUUUUAUUGUCUCAAAUGUUAGUUUCUGAUCAAAAGAGAGGGCUUUCAGAUU